AUGGCGCUGGAACCAUCCAGCAGUUAUGUUGCUCCGAGCAACCUAAUGGAGCAGUCGAGCUCCUCUCUCCCAAUGUUUGACGUCGAACAGGUGCAGUUGGCCUUCACUGUCGCCGCCGACUUCGUCGCAGCACAGGUUGCGAACAAUGUACUUGUGCUAGCAUUGUCGACAAAUCGCAUCCUCAGAAUUGAUCUGGACUCCCCAGAAGAUGUUGAAGACAUUGAUCUCCCAAAGAAAUCCUCGGAAGUCGGGGUCAUCCGACGCAUGUUCCUUGACCCUUCGGCCUCCCAUCUUCUUAUAACCACAACCUUGGGCGAGAAUUACUAUCUCCAUGCACAGUCACCAUCGCGGCAGCCGAAACUAUUGUCUCGAUUGAAAGGCGUAUCGAUCGAGAGCAUCGCCUGGAACCCUUCCCUCCCCACUGCUUCCACUCGAGAGAUUCUUAUUGGUGCUACCGAUGGCAAUGUCUAUGAAACCUACAUUGACCCGUCUAGCUACCGAUUGGAGAAGUACCACGCCCCAGUCUUCCAGGUACCUGGUGCCUCCCCGGUAGUUGGAAUAUCGGUGGAGUCGGUGCCCUCCAGACCAGACCAAAAGAGGGUACUUGUUGCCACAUACGGAAAGCUACUGCAAUUCAUUGGCCGAGCGGCAAUUUCAAAGCAUGGGAGUGGUGGUUCUGUGUACUCUGAGCUGUUCCAGCGCGAGACACCAUCAAUUCAUGAACUGCAGCAUCCAUCUGAAUCUGCACCAUCCUCACUAGUGGUGUCUCCUCCGUCUGCAGCUGGAUCUCAGGUCGAAGGGUCUAUCGCAAAGGAAUUUGCGUGGCUCAGCUCUGAGGGCAUUUAUCACGGACAGCUUGACUCAGACUCCCCGUUCAAGACCGCAAAGAUGCUUCCACGCUCUGUUUUUCCAGCUUCGGAAUCACCCCGUGGAGGUCGCAAAUUGAUACAGGAUCCGAUCUCUGCGAUGACUCUUUCCCAGUGGCAUAUUUUGGCUCUUGUCGGAGGCAAGGUGGUCGCUGUUAACCGUCUCAGCCAAGAAAUUGUCCACAAUCAAUCAGUGUUGGAACCUGGCCAGAGUGCCCUGGGGCUCUUGACAGAUCUGACCAAGAACACCUAUUGGCUUUUCACAAGCCAGGCCAUCUACGAGGUUGUGGCUGGCGAGGAAGACCGUGAUAUCUGGAAGAUCUUCUUGAAGGAGCAGAACUUCGAUGAUGCCCUCGAAUAUGCCCGAGGUGCAUCACAACGAGAUGCUGUGAUGACUGCUUGGGGUGACUCUCUGGCAAGCAAAGGCCACUUCGGGGAAGCAGCCAAGGCUUGGGGAAAGAGUAGCAAAGGAUUUGAAGAAGUUUGCCUCACUAUGAUCGACAAUAAGGAACAUGAUGCGCUGCGCAAUUACCUGCUCUCCCAGCUCGCAACAUACAAGAAGGCGUCUCUGAUGCAAAGAAUAAUGGUCGCGAGCUGGCUUGUGGAAUUAUUCAUGUCCAAACUGAACUCUCUCGACGACAACAUUGCCACCAAGGCCGAGCUGGCCGGAAGUACGAGCACCGGAGAAAUCAAGGACCAGCUUGGUAAAAUCCGAGCCGAGUUCCAGGGCUUUGUGAAUAAUCACAAAGCAGACCUGGACAAGAAGACAGUAUACGAUAUUAUCAGCAGUCACGGGCGGGAGGAAGAGCUGCUGUUCUUUGCGACUGCUACGAACGACCAUAAUUAUGUCUUGUCAUACUGGAUCCAGCGUGAAAAAUGGCUGGAAGCUUUGAAGGUUCUCCAGCGGCAAAGCGACGCAGAUGUCUUCUACAAGUACAGCAGCGUGCUCAUGACACACAAACCUACAGAUCUGGUUGAUAUCUUGAUGCGCCAGACGAACCUUGACCCUGAACGCUUAAUCCCCGCAUUGUUGAAUUAUAACAAAUCCGCCAGUGUCUCUUCGCUCAGUCAAAACCAAGCUGUUCGGUAUUUGAACUUCAUAAUUGUCAACCACCCCAAUCCAGCCGCAGCAGUUCACAACACUCUCAUCUCCAUACAUGCCUCCAGUCACUCCACCUCCGAAGCUGGACUUCUCACCUACCUCCAAUCGCAAACUUCUUCGCCCCCUCCGUACGACGCGGACUUUGCACUUCGUCUUUGCAUUCAGAACCAACGAGUUCAGUCUUGCAUCCAUAUUUACAGCACUAUGGGCCAGUACCUUCAAGCCGUGGAGCUAGCACUAGAGCACGAUGACAUUGAUCUUGCUGCCAUUGUCGCCGAUCGCCCAGAGGGCAACGACAAGCUGCGCAAGAAGCUUUGGCUUCUAGUCGCGGAAAAGAAGAUCCGCCAACCCGGCACCGGCAUCAAAGAUGCAAUUGAGUUUUUGCGCCGCUGUGAGCUCCUCCGCAUUGAGGAUCUGAUUCCUUUCUUCCCUGAUUUCGUUGUCAUCGACGACUUCAAAGAUGAGAUCUGCACUGCCUUGGAAGACUACUCGCGGCACAUCGAUGCUCUUCGCCAAGAAAUGGACAAUUCAGCCCUGACGGCUCGUCAAAUUCGCGGUGAGAUCUCCGGUCUUGACACACGCUACGCGAUUGUCGAACCUGGUGAGAAGUGCUGGAUAUGCUCGCUGCCAGUCCUUAGUCGUCAAUUCUUCGUCUUCCCUUGUCAACAUGCUUUCCACAGCGAUUGUCUAGGGAGAGAAGUUUUGGACGGUGCUGGUGGCAAGAAGAAGUAUAUCCGGGAUCUGCAGGCACAACUCGGUAGUGGUGAUAUCUCUUCCUCGCGGCGGGAAGAUAUUGUGAAGGAGUUAGAUGGUUUAGUUGCUGAAGCUUGUAUCCUUUGUGGUGACCAUGCGAUCAAACAGAUCGAUAAGCCUUUCAUUACCGAUUCAGAGACCGCCGAAGACUGGGCCCUUUGA